CCGGGCUUCGAAAUGACUUCUGGGUCUGGUUUAUUUCCUGUUUAGAGGAUUUACACGUUUGUUUCCCGUAUAUGUUUGUAGCAUAACUUUGUAAGCUUAAACUCGCGGGGGGAAACGGUGUGAGAUUGGUGGAGCGGUCCUUACCAUGAAGCUUCCACUCCUGCCUUGCCUGCUCCUAACUUUGUGGCUGUGCACUCAGUGCGUGUGUGGCAGCACGGAGUGUUCAUGCGGGAAGAAUCACUUUACGUGUGCGGUCAGCGUGUUUGGUGAGUGCACCUGCAUCCCCGCACAGUGGCAGUGCGACGGAGACAACGACUGCGGAGACCACAGCGACGAGGACGGCUGCAUGCUGCCCACGUGCUCUCCUCUGGACUUCCACUGUGAUAACGGGAAGUGUAUCCGCCGCUCGUGGGUGUGUGACGGAGACAACGACUGCGAGGACGAUUCAGACGAGCAGGACUGCCCUCCCAGGGAGUGUGAGGAGGACGAGUUUCACUGUCAGAAUGGGUACUGCAUCCGCAGCCUGUGGCACUGCGACGGAGACAACGACUGUGGAGACAACAGCGAUGAACAGUGUGACUUGAGAAAGUGUUCUGAUAAGGAAUUCCGCUGCUCUGAUGGGAGCUGUAUAGCUGAGCACUGGUACUGCGAUGGAGACACAGACUGUAAAGACGGGACGGAUGAGGAGAACUGCCCUGCAGACGUCAUGGCCGCUACAUGCAGCGUGGAGGAGUUCCAGUGCGCGUACGGUCGCUGCAUCCUGGACAUUUACCACUGCGACGGAGACGACGACUGCGGAGACUGGUCCGACGAAUCCGACUGCUCCUCUCACCAGCCGUGUCGCUCGGCCGAGUUCAUGUGCAGCAGUGGGAUGUGCGUCAAUGCCGGAUGGAGAUGUGAUGGAGAGUUUGACUGCGACGACCAAUCAGACGAGAACAACUGCACUGUACCUGUGUGUAUGGCUGAACAGUUCCGUUGUGCAUCCGGUCGCUGUGUGCGGUUGUCAUGGAGAUGUGAUGGUGAGGAUGACUGCACUGACGGGAGUGAUGAAGAGGGCUGUGACAAAAAUGGUUCGUCUCCUUCCUGUGCGUCUGAUCAGUUCCAGUGCGGAACCGGUCGCUGCAUCGGCCAGCGCAAAGUGUGUAACGACGUCAACGACUGCGGAGACGGAACAGACGAACAUCCACACCAGGAAUGCCGACCCCGGGCGACCGAGGGGAACUGUAACGUAGGGAACGGCGGCUGCUCUCAGAAGUGUCAGAUGUCUCGAGGUUUGGUUCAGUGCAGCUGCCACACCGGAUACAGACUCAGAGAGGAUGGCAAGACCUGCCAAGAUGUGGACGAGUGUGCUGAGGAAGGUUACUGCAGUCAGGGCUGUACCAACACAGAGGGGGGCUUCCAGUGCUGGUGCGUUCAGGGUUACGAGCUCAGACCUGACAAGCGCAGCUGUAAAGCUCUGGGCCCAGAGCCGGUGCUGCUGUUUGCGAAUCGGAUCGAUAUCCGUCAGGUUCUGCCUCACCGCUCCGAGUACACGCUGCUGCUGAACAAUCUGGAGAACGCCAUCGCGCUCGACUUCCACCACAGCAUGGAGCUGGUGUUCUGGUCCGACGUCACGCUCGACCGCAUCAUGAAAGCCAACCUGAACGGCAGCAACGUGGAGGAGGUGGUGUCCACCGGCCUGGAGAGUCCAGGCGGUCUGGCGAUAGACUGGAUCCACGAUAAGCUCUACUGGACUGACUCGGGGACGUCACGUAUCGAGGUAGCCAACCUUGACGGCUCACACCGCAAAGUGCUGAUCUGGGAGAGUAUGGAGAAACCCCGCGCUAUUGCCCUGCACCCCAUCGAAGGGAAGAUUUACUGGACAGACUGGGGAAACACUCCAAGGAUCGAGUACGCUAACAUGGACGGCUCGGGACGCAAGAUCAUCGCCGAUACCAACCUGUUCUGGCCGAACGGACUCACCAUCGACUACGCCGGCCAUCGCAUGUACUGGGUGGACGCCAAGCACCACGUGAUCGAGAGAGCCGAUCUGGACGGGAAAAACCGCAAAGCCGUCAUCAGCCAAGGUCUCCCGCACCCGUUUGCCAUCACGGUGUUCGAGGACAGUCUGUACUGGACCGACUGGCACACCAAGAGCAUCAACAGCGCCAAUAAGUUCACAGGCAAGAACCAGGAAAUCAUCCGCAACAAACUGCACUUCCCCAUGGACAUCCACACGCUGCACCCGCAGAGACAGCCUGCAGGCGGACGUAAUCGCUGCGGCUCCAAUAACGGCGGCUGCAGUCACCUGUGCCUCCCAAACAGCAAGGCUUACUCAUGCGCCUGUCCCACCGGCUUCAAGAAAGUGGCCCAGCAUAACUGCGCCCUGAGUCUUGACAAGUUCCUGCUUUUUGCCCGAAGGACGGACAUCCGUCGAAUCAGCUUCGACACCGAGGACAAAUCGGACGACGUCGUCCCGCUGGCGGACGUUCGUAACGCCGUGGCGCUCGACUGGGACGCCGAAGACGAAAAAAUUUACUGGACCGACGUCACCACCGACUCCAUCAACCGCGCACUGUGGAACGGAUCGGGACAGGAAGUUGUGGUGGACACCAGUCUGGAAAGCCCUGCAGGUCUGGCUCUUGACUGGCUCACACACAAGCUCUACUGGACUGAUGCAGGUACAGAUCGCAUUGAAGUGUCCAACACGGACGGCAGCAUGCGCACGGUGCUCAUCUGGGAAAAUCUGGAUCGACCUCGAGAUAUUGUGGUGGAUCCUAUCGGAGGGUUCAUGUACUGGACGGAUUGGGGAGCAAACCCUAAAAUCGAGCGAGCCGGAAUGGACGCGUCCAAUCGCGCCGUUAUCAUCUCCACCAACCUGACGUGGCCCAACGGACUAGCAAUCGAUUACGAGACGCAGCGGCUUUACUGGGCCGACGCCGGCAUGAAGACGGUCGAGUUCGGCAACUUCGACGGCUCAGACAGACAGGUGCUGAUUGGCAGCCAGCUGCCCCAUCCGUUUGGCCUCACGCUACAUGAAGAGAAGAUCUACUGGACAGACUGGCAGUCCAAGAGCAUCGAAAGCGCCGACAAACUGACCGGGUUGGGACGAAGCACGUUAGCGGACAAUCUGGAGAACCUCAUGGACAUCCACAUGUUCCACAGACACAGAGAAGCCGUCCACACUGCAUGCUCGGUGAAUAAUGGCGGCUGCAGUCAUCUGUGCUUAUUGGCUCCUGCUCCUAAAGGCUCCAGCUGUGCUUGUCCUACUGGAAUCAACCUACAGGCGGAUGGAAAAACCUGCACUCCAGGAAUGAACAGUUUCCUGAUCUUCGCACGGAGGACAGAUAUCCGGAUGGUUUCUCUUGACAUCCCGUAUUUUGCCGACGUGGUUUUGGCGGUUAACGGGUCCAUGAAGAACACCAUCGCCAUCGGCGUGGAUCCCCGAGAGGGUAAAGUGUAUUGGUCAGACAGCACUCUGAAGAAGAUCAGCAGAGCCAACAUGAACGGCUCGGGACACGAGGACGUUGUUUCCACGGGUCUGAUGACGACCGACGGUCUUGCUGUAGACUCCGUAGGAAGGAAAAUCUACUGGACAGAUACGGGAACCAACCGCAUCGAAGUGGCCAAUCUGAACGGCUCCAUGCGGAAAGUUCUGGUGUGGAGGAACCUGGACAGCCCACGUGCCAUCGCGCUCUAUCACGAAAUGGGCUACAUGUACUGGACAGACUGGGGAGAACACGCCAAGCUGGAGCGAGCAGCGAUGGACGGAUCCGACCGUGUAGUUCUGAUCAAUAACAAUCUGGGCUGGCCGAACGGACUCGCCAUAGACAAGGCUGGGUCACAGCUGCUCUGGGCCGACGCCCACACAGAGCGAAUCGAAGCGGCCGAUCUGAGUGGCUCUAACCGCCGGACGCUGGUUUCUCCGGUUCAGCACCCGUACGGCCUCACCACACUCGGGCCGCACAUCUACUGGACCGACUGGCAGAGUCGCAGCAUCCAGAGAGCCGACAAAACCACAGGAGACAACAUCAUCACCGUCCGCUCCAACCUGCCCGGACUCAUGGACAUCCAGGCCAUGGACAGAGACAGGCCUAUGGGUUUUAAUCGUUGUGGUCGGAAUAACGGCGGCUGUACCCACCUGUGUCUGCCGCGACCGAACGGCACGUCGUGCGCUUGCCCUACAGGCGUCGUCCUGAAGAGCGAUGGCAGGUCAUGUGACGACGUUCCCGAGUCCUACCUGCUCUUCUCCAACCGCGUCAGCGUGCGCCGCAUCUCGCUGGACACCAGCGACCACACGGACGUCCACGUCCCCGUCCCCGAGCUGCACAACGUCAUCUCGCUCGACUACGACAGCGUCCAGGGCAAACUGUACUACACCGACGUCUCCCUGGAUGUCAUCAGACGGGUGAAUUUGGACGGGAGCGGCAUGGAGACGGUGAUCAGUCAGGGUCUGAAGACUACAGACGGCCUGGCCAUCGACUGGGUGGCCAGAAACAUGUACUGGACUGACACGGGUCGAAACACCAUUGAGGUUUCCAGACUGGACGGAUCAGCACGGAAAAUCCUGAUCAACAACAGCCUGGAUGAGCCGAGAGCCAUCGCUGUGUUCCCCAGUAAACGGUAUUUGUUCUGGACAGACUGGGGUCAUAUUGCUAAAAUCGAGCGCGCCAAUCUGGACGGUUCGGACCGCAAAGUUCUGAUCAACACGGACCUCGGCUGGCCGAACGGUCUCACGCUGGAUUACGACACGCGCAGGAUCUUCUGGGUGGACGCCCACCUGGACCGCAUUGAAAGUUCCGACCUGAACGGAAAACUGCGCCAAGUCCUCGUCACUCCUGUAUCACAUCCAUUCGCUCUCACUCAGCAAGACCGCUGGAUCUACUGGACAGACUGGCAAACCAAAUCAAUCCAGAGAGUGGAUAAACACACGGGCCGGAACAAAGAGACUGUCCUUGCUAACGUCGAGGGGUUAAUGGACAUUAUAGUGGUGGCACCAAACCGGCAGUCGGGCACUAAUCACUGUGGGGUGAAUAACGGCGGCUGUACGCACCUGUGCUUCGCCAAGUCAAACGGCUUUGUGUGUGCGUGUCCCGACGAGCCCGACGAGCGGCCGUGCUCCACCAUUGCUGGUUAUGUUCCUCUUGUCCCAGAGAAGAAAGUGACCGCUGGCACUCAAGCUCCUAACAAACGCGCCAAACCGCCGACGGAAAAACCUCCGCAGGGCCGAGCACCUGCGCACAACUGCACGGAGAAGAGCGACGCCGUGGGCAGCUGCAUUCAGAGUAACGUGGUGUCCGCGCCUCACGCCGAAGGCCUCCACAUCAGCUACGUGAUCGGAGGAGCGCUGACGGUGCUGGCCAUCCUCAUCCUCAUCGCCGUCUUCAUCAUUUACAGACACAAAAAAUCCAAGUUUGCCGAUCCCGGCGUGAGCAACCUCACGUACAGCAAUCCUUCAUACCGAACGUCCACGCAGGAAGUGAAAAUAGAAACCAUGCAGAAACCACCGAUCUACAACCAGCUACGAUAUAAAAAAGAGCAGGAGGGCAGUUACACCAGUGAGAAGAUCCGUAUCGUGGAGGGGGUGUGUCUCCUCUCAGGGGAGGAGCUUUACUGGGAGGACCUGAAGCAGCUGAAAGUGUGCCGCGGAGGCACCUUUAAAACCUGCAUGCGCACCGACACAGUGUCCUUACAGGCGAGCUCCGCCUCCCUUCAGGCAAGCUCCGCCUCCUUGGAUGACACCGAGACCGAACAGCUGCUUCAGGGCGACCAAUCGGAAUGCUCGAGUCUGAGCACUGCUCCCGUGGCCACGCCCAAACGCCACAGCACGCUGCCCGACACGGGCUGGGUCCCAAAUCGUAAACCCUCCACUGAGAGCGAAGUGUGAAGACACACACACACACGCACACACACUCAUCUACUGGAGCCUAAUCUAAACACACACACACACACACACACACACACACUAAGAGAAAUAAGAACAGAUUCGGCGCGAAAGAUCAACACAGACAAUUUAAGAAACACUAAAAUAUCGAUAUAUCAGUAUACUGGGAACUUUUAUUAUUCUGUAUAAAAUGAUGCUCUAUUAUUAUUAUUAUUAUUAUUAUUAUUAUUAUUAUUAUUAUUUUAUUUGGGUUUUUUUUUUGCAGACUCGAUGGUAAACACGAGACUGUUUUUAACAGGACGCCUCCAGCCCUCAUCUGAUCUUUUUAUGAACGUUAUUUAUCUGAACAGAUAUCAUUUCUCAUUAUAAAGUGCUGAAACUGCUAAACGCCUCCCGGGACCUCGGAUUAACGACAGCGUGCGAGUACGGAGAGCGCGAGUACGGAGAGCGCGAGUACAGAGAGCGCGAGUACAGAGCACGGUCACGGUGCUUUCUGAACCUCCUGAGAGACGCAACACAAACGGUCUCAUGAUGGAAGCGUUGCUUCUCCCCACCUUCCUCAUCGUCCGUCUCUGAAUUUUAAUGUUUUACUGUGUGUGUGUGUGUGUGUGUAAAUGUAGACAGUAUAACAUUAUGUACUUGAUUGACAGUUCCAUUAAGUAUUUCAUCAAAACGAAAUCAUCAUGAUGCGCGUCAAUCAUGAACCCGUUUCUAAGUAUUGUGAUAUGAUUUUUUAACCCAUAUCGCUCACCCCUAAUACAGAAGAUUGUAUUACUUGCAAAAACAAAAAAAACGCUGUAUGAAUGAAGUGCCAAAUGUUGGUGGUGGUGAUGUUUUCUUCACUACAUAUUUAUAUUUCUGGAGGUGUGUUUGACAGUUCUGAUUUUAUUUUUAUUUUUAUUUUAUUUUUUUUACAUUUUUAAGUCGGUCCAUGUUGGUAAACACUCAGUGUGCGGGUUUUAUUUCAGUGAGCGGACACACACCGCGCUAUACAUCAAUGAUGCAUUGAAGUUUCUCAAGAUUCAGCACAAUGCUGAUUUGCUGCUAGAAGACACACACACACACACACACACCCACACACACACACACACACACACACACAGCGAGGCCAAUAAUCCUGAUGGACGGACUCGGCAGCUACUUCAGCCUCCGCUCUCGGUUUAUUUGAACAUCCCCGUGUAACCGCUUCCGGUGUCCCUCCGUAUUUCAGCACGACUGACACUAAAUCCAGCUGUACAGACUUUAAACUGCAGAGACGCAUUUCUGUGUUAAAGAUGUUUUAUUGUUGUUGUAUAGUUCCUUUUUUUUUGUACAAAGGGAUUUUUUUUUUUUUUUUUACUUGUGUUAAAGGGAUUGUGAACACUUUUUUCUAAUUUAUUAACACAAAGUCAGAUGGAUUCAGCUUCGUUUUGUGUUUUAUUUUCUUCUCUGUGUGAGAGUUUAACAGCAUGACUAAUAAUAAUAAUAAUAAUAAUAAUAAUAAUAUAUGGUAUGUAAUUGAAAGGUGUCUGUUUUCGCAGCGCCCCGUGUCCUUGUUAAAUCCGUUUCCAUAAACUCUGCAUUAUUAUUAAACAUGCUCGGAUGAAUUCCUUUAAAGGAAAACAGUCAGAAGUGUAUAUAAUCUAUUUCACUGACCUCACAGCUCUUUGUGUACUUGCUUCAAAUCCUAAUCUCAAUAGAGAUGCGAUUUUUAUUAUAAUUGUUUGUUUUUUUGUAAAAUAGCUGCUAUAACGUUAUAACGGAUCUAAUACUGUACUUUAUUGAGGUUUGUAAAAACGAGCUAUGAAAGCUGUUCAUGGUUUAUUUUGAACCAAAAAUCAACUCGGGUACGUUUUUUUGUUUGUUUGUUUGUUUGUUUGUUUGUUUAUGAACGGUUAUGCUGUAGAAAUCGAGUAUUUUAAAAUACCGUUUGUUUGUUUGUUUGUUUGUAAACACGGACCGAACAGCAGUUUCUGCACUCGGAGAAGAAAUAAAACAACAAAUCGCUCCUCUGACUUUGUGAAAGCAGAUUUAACACCAGAACAUUUUAUCGCGAAAACGCUGAACCUUUACUCGACUCACUGGAGAGAACUUAAUGAACCACUUCCUCGUUUUUGUUUUGUUCUGUUUUCCCUCCAUGUCCUCGACGUGCCAGUUAUUUAACAGAGUGCUGUUCUGUGUCUCCGAAAGACGUCUCGGUACACGUGUAACUGUUGUAAAGUUAAUUAAGAGAUAUUUAUAAUUGUUUGGUUGUCACUCGGGUGUAAAUAUGAAAGGUCUGUAUAUGAAUUUUCUGCUUUGCGAUACUAACAAGCCGUGUUGUGUGACAGUGAAUUACUUCUUUGCUAUCUUUUAAUAUAAAAUUGCAUUUGAAUAGAAAUGUA